UUGUCCAUAAAUUUUAAUAAUUUAUAAAUCCCUCCAAUCAGUUUCUAAAUUCAAAGUACAUUGAGUUUUUUUUUGACAAAAAUGGAUCCGGAAAACGCCUCCGAAAGUGCAACUAACGAACAAAACGAAGCGGAAACGGAACCGGAACAGGAAUCGUCAGCAGAACCGAUAGCCGAAGAUGUGGGUGUAGAGACUUUGGUAGCAGAAGCUUCUGAAGCACUUCCCGAAGGGGUAUCGUUCACUGCCACAGGCAUUGAUUCGGCCACGGAGGACAACCAAUCGAAGACUCGUUUAUCCACGUCCACGUUAUAUUGGGAUGCCCUAGCAAGGCCCAAGGCAACCAACAUGAAGGGAACGAUCGAACGGUUCGGUAAAAUGUUACCCGAAAAAAGCGUCGAAAACCUUAAACGGAUGUUAGCUGAGCAAAGCGUGGUGAAACAAAAAUCUUACAGCCAGCAUUCAUUGAAAUGCAUCCACGAACCAGUACCAAAACCACCGAUCUACCAGAAAAAAAUGUUUGUUCCGGAAAAAACUGCACAGUACAUGGAAAAAUUUAACAAAAACUUAAAACGGGUUUUUCUGGAUCGGUUAAUGGAAAGAAUUUUUGAAAACUUACCCGGGACGGUCCUUGAGGCCGACAUAACCAAUUUGUCCGACUUGGAUCCGGCCUCUCAGCGGUUAGUCAAUGUGAUAUUUGCCACAAUCACCGGCUACACCCGGAAGCCUAUGUCCGUUCACGACCACGAGCUGUACAUUCAUUUGGCCGUUGGGCUGGCCAAAUUUAUUGGAAGCGUCAUACAGGACGUGCAAAGGGGUUGCUUGUAUCUGCCGGCACACGACGAGGAGCGAAUUUUGGCCACCGAAUUGCUAGGGGUCUCCAAGGCCAUAUCGAUUGUUCAUAAAUGCCAGAUGGAAGUUGAGAAUGAACAUGCAUGCACAAAUACGUAAUAAGUUUUUAAUUUUGAUUUAAAAAAAACUGACAGAUAAAAUCAAAUAAAGCU